AUGAGAACUCGAGAUUCCCUCACCCACCGAUGCGCAAGAUGGCGAUUGUUUUAUGGACUGCGACGGCAAAUAGGACUGCUUAUUUUGCUGCUUCUUGCGGUUAACAUGGUAGGUGGCCAGAUUCGUUAUUCUAUACCAGAGGAAAUGAAGAAAGGCUCUGUCAUUGGUAACGUAGCGCAAGAUCUUGGUUUGGAUCUGAAAAGGCUCCGUUCUGGGCGGGCCCGUAUCGUGACCGGAGAAAACAUCCACUACGCCGAGCUGAAGACAGACAAAGGGAUUCUAGUUGUGAAUGAGAGAAUAGACCGAGAGCAGCUUUGUGGUGAAAUAACACCAUGUAGCUUCAGCUUUGAGGUGAUUUUGGAAAAUCCAAUCGAAUUGCAUGGAAUAACUGUUGAGGUUUUGGAUAUAAAUGACCACGCUCCCGUCUUCCCAAAUAAAGAUAAACAUAUCAGUUUUGAAAUAAGUGAAUCAGCUGUAGUUGGAGUGCAGUUUCCAUUGCAGAGUGCAGAGGAUCUAGAUGUGGGGCAGAACGCGUUGCAAGAUUAUAUUUUAUCACCAAACGACAAUUUUAUAUUGACGCAACAUGCAAAUCCAGACGGGAGUAAAUAUGUUGAGAUGGUUCUCCAGAAGCCUUUAGACAGAGAGAGGCAUCCACAUUUCUCUUUAAAAUUAAUCGCCAUUGACGGAGGAACACCACAGAGAUCUGGUACAGUAAAUAUAGAUGUCACUGUGUUAGAUGCCAACGACAAUGCGCCAGUAUUUAACCAAUCAAUGUAUAAAGCAAAUGUGAUGGAAAACACGAUGAAAGGCACAAGCGUUAUUACAGUAAAUGCCACAGACGCCGAUAGUGGCUCAAAUGGUCUCAUUACUUACAGUUUGUCUAAAAUGAAAGGAAGUGCGGCAGAUAUUUUCAGUAUUGAUGAAAACACUGGCACGAUUUAUGUGGCUGGUCAAAUAGAUUAUGAAAAAGACAGAAAAUAUGAGGUGAGGGUUGAGGCAAAGGAUCACGGUGGCCUAACUGGGACAAGUAAAGUUAUUUUUGAUGUUGUUGAUGUCAACGACAAUGCCCCAAUUAUAAAUAUUAUGUCAUUUUCCAGCCCUCUAUCUGAGGAUGCACCUCCUGGUACAACUGUUGCUGUUUUGAAUGUAAAAGAUGCUGAUUCUGACAAAAAUGGGCAAAUAAGAUGUUCUAUAGAUGGCAAACUUCCGUUUAAGAUUGAAUCAUCUCUAAAAAACUAUUAUAAUUUGAUUUCAGAGCAACAUUUUGAUCGAGAAUCCGUCUCAGAUUAUAAUAUAACCAUAACAGCCACUGAUCUGGGGACUCCUCCUCUGUCUAGCUCAACAAAAUUACACCUCAAAAUAUCUGACGUAAACGACAACGCACCAUUAUUUGAUAAAAAGAGCUAUUCUGCUUACGUCACGGAGAAUAAUCCCCCUGGAAUUUCCAUAUUUGCUGUCAGCGCGCGAGACUCUGAUUGGAAUCUAAACGCGAGAAUCUCGUAUCUUUUAGAGGACACAGAUAUCAGUGGUAGUCCAGUUUCUACUUAUGUGUCAUUAAACUCCGAAACUGGAGUUCUUAGCGCGAUUCGUUCCUUUGAUUAUGAACAAAUCAAACAGCUUCAGCUUACUGUGAAAGCGCAGGACGGAGGCUCCCCUCCACUCAGUAGCAACGUGACUGUGAAAAUAAUGAUCCAGGACCAGAACGACAACCCACCUCAGGUUCUGUACCCAGUCCAGACUGGUGGCUCUCUGGUGGCUGAAAUGGUGCCUCGUUCAGCAGAUGUGGGCUAUCUGGUCACUAAAGUGGUGGCUGUUGAUGUGGACUCUGGACAGAAUGCCUGGCUCUCCUAUAAACUGCAGAAAGCCACAGACAGGGCGCUGUUUGAAGUGGCCUUACAGAAUGGAGAAAUAAGAACUAUCCGCCAAGUGACUGAUAAAGAUGCUGUGAAACAAAGACUGACUGUUAUAGUGGAGGACAACGGGCAGCCCUCUCGUUCAGCUACAGUCAUUGUUAACGUGGCGGUGGCGGACAGCUUCCCUGAAGUGCUGUCGGAGUUCACUGACUUUACACACGACAAGGAGUACAAUGACAACCUGACUUUUUACUUAGUGCUGGCUUUGGCUGUAGUUUCCUUCCUCUUCAUCACGUGUUUAGUGGUUAUUAUAUCAGUGAAAAUCUACAGAUGGAGACAGUCUCGCGUCCUGUAUCACUCCAAUCUCCCUGUGAUUCCGUAUUAUCCACCACGUUACUCAGACACUUUGGGGACAGGGACUCUCCAGCACGUGUACAACUACGAGGUGUGCAGGACGACUGACUCCAGAAAGAGUGAUAUGAAAUAUAUGCAGCCGAUGAGUCAAAGUUUAGUGAGUGUGGAUGGAGCUGGGGCUGAUACACCAGAGGUGGACAAGCAAUUCUCAGGAAACUGUUCUCAAAUGUCAACUUUGGUGAGUGAUAAAUUUAAUCUUCUGGUUUCCAUUUUCUCCUUCUUCUGGUAUCUUUUCUACUCAAGUGUUUAGACUGAGGUGCACUGCUGGCAGUACCGCCUUUUUGUCACUGUCCAUGGUGCUGGAACGAUCAACGGCUUCAUUUUGAAAUACAUGUUUUUGUAUGUUUUAUUGGAAACCAAAUUAUGAAUGCCCUCACUGAAUGCCUUACAUAUUAACGGCCCAUCAAGAUAAUUUAUUAUAAUCACAAUAUCCACGUUCUGGGUGUUUAUUUUUGGCAGAUGCAUUCAUACAUAUUAAGAUUAUCCAAAACAGUAAGACUUCAGCUUGAUCCAUGAGACUGAAAUCCACCAAAAUUUUG